AAAAAGAGAGCCAAGAGAGAGAGAGAUGCAAUGGUAGUUUGUAAUAAGAAUGGUAACUCUAGGGCACCAAAGUUAUACUCGGCAUUCAUUGAUAAGGAGGAGGGAUCAUUCAAUUUGGCAAUGGAGUAUCUGCCAGGCGGUGACUUUAGCAGCUACUUUUACAAGAGACAAUGUGAUAAUAACCCGUUCACGAUGGACGAGGUCAAGUUCUAUAUGGCCGAGCUGGUCGUAUGCAUUGAGAACUUCCACUACCUCGGUCUGCUGCAUCGCGAUGUCAAGCCCGAGAACCUAAUGAUCAAUCGCGAGGGACAUCUCGUCCUGUGCGACUUUGGCAGUUCCAAGCAGAUCAUCACUGCCAGCGCAGCACCUGGCAGUGCCUUUGGCAACACUCCACCCAACUUUACCUCAUUCCUGAGGAAUCCAAACAGCUCAUACACAUCAUACAUUGGCACACCUCAGUAUAUGGCUGUGGAGGUUGUACAAGGCAUUACAUAUUCAAAGAGUUGCGACUAUUGGUCAUUGGGCGCAAUCUUGUUUGAGUUAUGCACCGGACAGGCAUUGUUUGUCGAGUCGCCAGACACAACAGAGAAGCAGAUCAGAGAUAACAUUGGCAACUGGCGUGGUCUACUCAACACUGCACUCUCCAAGUACCAAGGUAUUCCAAAGCUUGCCGAACAAUUAAUUAGAGAUUUGAUCACACCAGAGAGAAAGAGAUUGGAGGUGAUGUCAAUCAAGAAGCAUCCAUUCUUUGAGGGCAUUGAUUGGUUGUCAAUCUCAUCAUUCACUGCCGUUCCACCUUAUGUUCCAACAAUCUCUCAUCCAACCGAGACCUCAUAUGGAGGUCAUUAA